GAAAUCUACGGCGCGCUGUCAGCGCUGUCAUUCUCGCCUAUCCCCGGCCUAUCCCGAUUUCCGUCAUCUCCUGGGACUUGGGAGUUGCGGAUCGGAUGCGCGAGCCGUUAUCGCAGUGGCGCGCCACGAGGUUAUCGCUGACAUUAUGACCCGCGGUUGGUCCGUGCGUGGACGUGAACGCGUAUCGCGAGAUACGCGAGGGGCGACGGCGACGGCGACGGCGACGGCGACGGCGACGGCGUCGGUGGCGCGAUAGAGGAUUACGCACGCCGCGGCUGCUGCUGACGCGAGACGCGAGACGAGGCGUGGUGAGGUGAGGUGAGGUGAGGUGAGGUGAGGUGAGGAGAGGUGAGGAACGCGAGCUGUCCGGCGAGGCCGCGACCCUGAGCCCGAUACGAAGACGCGUGCACGAGUCCGCGCGGGUGGCGGUGGCGGUGGCGAACGCGAGAGAGACAGCGAGGGAAAAGCUGCUGCUCGGCGAUCGGCGAUCGAGUGGUCGACGGACGAGUUUUCCGCGCGGCUGGGCGAUCCUGCGAGGAGUGCGAGAAAACUGCUGCAAGCUGCAUUCUGCAACUACGGUGACUACUUUGGCCGGCGCGGCGCGCGGCGGCGGGAAGAGCGGCGGGCCGGACUGCUGCUAUCGCUAUCGCGGGCGAUCCGUCGCGAUCCGAAAGGUCGCGAGUUCACGCGUACCCUCCCCGGUCGUCCGGAGAAUGACGAUUCGGCGGUGCGUCUGACGCGGGCGACGCGGCGGCGGCUUCGGCUUCUCGGCGACCGCGGUACGUCCUCCCAGCCCCAGCUCCCAGUGCGUCGGAGGACAACGACGAGUCGCGAUCGCCGAUACGAUCGGCUCGUACAUCGCGCGCGGACCUUGCGACGGAUCCCUUGCGGCCUGCGUUAACGAACAGGAGUUCCCGAGCGGGUCGUAUACUCGUAGUCGUACGUAAAGAUAUUUCCACUCCGAUACAGUGUGUGUAUGUGUGUAUGUGUGCCGUUUGUGACAGAUAUACGGGCGUACGUUGCGUAUACGGUGAUAUACGCUGUGUUAUUCGUACGUACACGCGCGAGACCCAAGAUGCCGCUCUUCGGGACUAGGAAGGACACGAACAAGAAGAUCAAGAAGGACGAACGAUGCAUCGAGGACAAGUACAUCUUGAAGGACCUGCUGGGAACUAAAACAACCACCCGGCCUCUUUAGCGGGACGUUAAUCGUCGGAGCGCGUAUCGCGCCGCGCCGCGCGACGCGACGUUUAACGAUUGCCGGGCCAGGAGUUUAACGGAUUAAACGUCCACGGAUAAAAACACAUUUCCUUCGCGGAUUAAUUUGAUACAGCGCUUCAACGGAUAUCCACGUUCCGGCCUAAUCGCCAUUUACGCUUAUUAAAGAGCUAAUAACAGACCGAGAUCUCAAUCUCGCGCGUUUUUCUCUGGAAGAAAACACGUCAUUACGGGAAUCCACGUCCGACGGAGCGUACACAUACGCAAACAAAUAUGAAGUCGCGAUAUUUUUUCCGAUAAAGAUAAACGGCUAUCUGUCCUCGUUAUACGCGGGAGCAUUCUCCGAAGUCAGGCUGGCAGAGAGUAAAGAUAAGCCGGGUCAAAUGUUUGCAGUGAAGAUCAUCGACAAGAAGGCGCUAAAGGGCAAGGAAGAUUCGUUAGAUAACGAAAUCAAAGUUCUGCGAAGGUUCAGUGAAAGUGCGACACCACAGAGUGGUGGCGGAUCACUCACGUCGGAUAGUAGUGGCGAAAAGAGAUGGCUAACCCACCCCAAUAUCGUUCAAUUGCUGGAGACGUUCGAGGACAAGCACAAAGUUUACUUAAUUAUGGAGCUGGUUACUGGCGGAGAGCUGUUCGACAGAAUCGUCGAGAAAGGCUCGUACACAGAAAAGGACGCAUCCGGUUUAAUAAGACAAGUGCUCGAGGCGGUAGAUUAUAUGCACGAACAGGGUGUCGUUCACAGAGAUCUCAAGCCGGAGAAUCUCCUGUAUUAUAGUCCGGACGAGGAUAGCAAAAUCAUGAUCAGCGAUUUCGGCCUAUCGAAGAUGGAAGAUUCUGGGAUUAUGGCGACCGCUUGCGGCACGCCGGGAUACGUCGCACCCGAGGUUUUGGCGCAGAAACCGUACGGAAAAGCGGUGGAUGUGUGGAGUAUAGGGGUCAUCUCGUACAUCCUCCUGUGCGGAUAUCCUCCGUUUUACGACGAGAAUGACGCCAAUCUGUUCGCACAAAUUCUGAGAGGUGAAUUUGAAUUUGAUUCACCGUACUGGGAUGAUAUCAGUGCUUCUGCGAAGGAUUUUAUUGGAAAGCUGAUGUGCGUCAAUGUCGAGGAACGUUACACGUGCAAACAGGCUCUUGCACAUCCCUGGAUUUCUGGCAACGCGGCUAGCAAUAAAAACAUCCAUAGUACUGUAUCCGAACAACUUAAAAAGAACUUUGCCAAGUCGAAAUGGAAGCAAGCGUACCACGCAGCCACGGUCAUACGUCAGAUGCAACGGCUGGCGCUAAACAGCGGUCAGCAACAGCAGCAACAGCAGCAGCAGCAGCAAGAGGGUACAGGCUCCAGCGGCAACCCUACGCAAUCUUCAGAGCACGCGCAGGUCAGCUGCAACCAGCACACGGGACCGCUGGGACCGCCACCCUCGAGCAAUCUCAGCAAUUGAAGCAGACACGCGAGUCCGUGCUCACCGUGUCAAGCCUGAUGUUUACGAAUCUCACUUCUCACUCCAUUCCAAUCACUCCCGCCAACUGUACUCGCCGCCGCUAUACAUGUGCAACAAACGCUUCAAGCUGUGGGACAGAUAACGCACCGCUCUGUCCACUCUCUUUCAGGACAAUGUGUCGCAACUUGGAAAGCAACGGAAGCAUAAGAAGAGCUGAGCCUAAGCACCACUAGAGUCACGUGCGCGCACGCGAAGGGCAACGUACCAUGCGACAUAGCCGUCGUUUUCAAGCUACAAGAGCGAGGGGGAUAGAUUAGAGCCAAUUUGCUUCGCGCCAGUGACGCGUACACAUACACGUAAACAUAUAUACAUGUACACGCAGAAACACAGUUACCAUCGAAAGGCGUAAACUACAAUUCGCUUUGGCUGGUCCAUGCGAAACAAUUUGGACUUGUACCUUCUUCUAUAGCAGUGUGACAGUUACAUUUGCAGGCUUCAUUCUUAUGAUUUACGACGUUUCCUAUGUUACACAUGCAUGAGCAAUAGCUUGUAGCAGUUUGCAGAAUACUUUUCGCAUCGAUCUGAUAACAGGAUUAAGAGGCGGUUACAUCUCUAGAGAUAAGACUUAAAGAACGUGUGCCGCGAUCAUGGCUGCGCACUUUGUUAGAUCGAAUCCGUUCUAUAUAUACAUAUAUAUAAUAAAGUAUAUAUAGAUAUAUACAUAUAAAUAUAUGCAUUACGCGAACAGUACAACGACAGGUUUUUAUAUUUUAUAAAAUUCGGUGUAAUAAGUAGCAGCGCGGCUAUUUGAUACAAUUCUGUGCAGCAUAGAGACCCAGGUACCGUUAGACACGGAUGAAUAUGAUUCCAUGUUACGGUUCCUAUGUAAUUCGAUCCUCGCAAGCUGUAACAUACACCUUGGUACGAUAUAGAAUAUUCCCUAUCUACUUACAGAAGUCGAGUUGGACUUUUCAGUUAGUAAUCCGCAAAAAGUUACUAUCAAAACGUAGACGAUAUCGAGAGGUCGCUUAAUGCACAGAGACGUAGCCUGAUCUGUUUUUUUCUCUCUUUUUUCUCUCUCUCUCUCUCUGUCUCUCUCUGUCUGUCUUUUAUCUUAUUUUAUUGACGCAUGUUUCUGUAUUUUUUUUGAUAGCUGAGACAUGCCCCCGCUUAUGUAAAUGCUUACACAGCAGACACUUGUGUACACGGUGCUAUUUUACUGCACAAAAUGUAUCCUGUAUGUAUAUUUCUCUCUUUUAACAUAUACGUAGUGAUAUUAUAUUAAUAUAAGACCCUGAAUGGGAUCUGCUAAGCUAGCUUGACACUUGAAAACAUAUAUAUGUACAUUAUUCUGCUAACAUUAAUAUAUACAGCACUACUAUACUUUUAUUUCUACAAAAUGUAAGAUGUACAUAAUGCACAAAUUCGCAUCUAAACUUACAUAGACUAUCUUGCGUGCCUGAUUUUAAGAUAUAGACAUGAGGAAUAAUUCUGUAAAGUUACUAUUGCAACGCGAUCUUAAUUAUUUUCAUAUAUGCGUAAAGGUAUUCCAUUGCUGUUACACUUUAUGUCUCGAUUUAACGGUUAUGAUAUUUCGUAUCACGGGCUGAUGUAUAUUUUAUAUAUAUACUUAAUUUUUUACAGUUUUUUAUUAAGAAAAAUACUAUACGUAAAGAAAAAGUAAUAUUAUUUUUUAAACAUCGGUGUGUGUGCCAUAUACAUGGUUACUGUACGAUAGAGGCACGCUAGACAGACAAUGGAGAACUGAGCUAAUUAAUUUUACGCUUGUAUCGUUUUAUCUUUAAGACGCAAGAAGGAAAUCGGCUCGAAAGUGCAAUUUAUUCCUAGCACCGAUUUAUACACAGCGCGAGUAUUUGUCCUCGUUAAUAUAUGAGUCAAUGAGAGAUGAAAGAAAAUGUUACUUAAUGAUCGACUUGUUUGUUAUUAUUUUCACGUGACGUCAGCAGAAAUGCAGUAAAAAAUUUGCACUUUUUACGAUGAUAAUUUUACCUUAUCAAGACUGGUAAAACAGAAGAUUGAUUUGUUUGUAUUCGUACGAAAUAUAAAUAUGUACAGUUGUUGAUCGAGUUCGGACGAGAGUUUCGUGCCUUUACAUCGUUAUCGAAGUGAAUGCACCAAGGUCAUUAAAAAUCCAGGCCUUAAUCAAAAUAUAUUUUGAACGCGUGUCCCGUUGUGGAAAUGCGUGCGAUUGCUGGAAUGAAUAUUAUAAUUAAAUUUGAUAAACUGAUGCCGAGGCACGCAACUGAACAAUGUAAAACUACUGUUUAAUCGCGAAACUAAGUUAUCUUUUGCGAGACAUAUCCACGAGUAAAUUCAGAGACCGACUAGCGAUUUCUGUGUUUUAUAGUCAGCUGAAAGUAGACAUUCUUGUGGCUCUCGUUGAAAGGUCCGAGCACCGAAAAGAUAAAAAUGAAAAAAAAGAAAAAAGAACGCUACGUGCACUUUACCGAGCAGGCAUCUCUGUUGUUACAGUGUAUUCUCUCUUUCUCUUCGAAUUAAACUAUAUAAUAAUCUCUCGGCAUUAUCAUGUUAGGCAUCCGUCCGUACAGCGGGCACUUCUCGAUGUAAGAGUAUAAUAUAGAGAAUUAUAGAGAGAGAAGAGCAUGUGUGCGACCGAUGCGAUAAUCACCUUGGGGAUGCGUUGGAGAACAUCGGUCUGUAUAGUGGAGUCUCGUCUAUUCGAAAGAUCCUGGUUUUGACUUUAAAAUAGCUUUUUUUUGCGAAGGAAAAGAAUCGGAACGCCGAUUAAAAAAGUUCGAGAUUAGACCUCGUACUUUUUACUUUGGUGUCAGAGUCUCGUGUUCUCGAUCGCAGCCCUAAAACAACUCCAAUAACGACGGACACUACUUCAUGGCCGUAGAAUAAGUUUACUGGUAACGCGAUAAAGCACAUAAGUAAAUGACGUUCACGAUUACCGCUAAUGAUUACCGUUAAUUAUACGCUUCUCCAAGUACCUCGGGUAUGGUUAAUUCACUGAAUAUUAUUGGUGUCUUUCAUUGUAUAAAUUGACUUCUGAAGUGCCUUGGAUGACAUGAUGAUGGUACAUUACCAUACGUGCCAUUAGUAGAAACUUUCGUAGGUGCUUAUCACUGAACGUGUUCGAAUAUCCGUUAUGUUGCGCGAGACAAGUUUCUUUGAUUAGGACUCGUAGAUUUUUCAGGUGCUCAAGUCGACGUACUUGUAAGAGAUCUACGUACAGCGAUCCACGAUGCAAAUUAGCUAGUGUGUGUAUGUGUGCGCGAAGGAUUGAAAAUUAUCGCGCGCACGCCGUACGUAUUUUUCUCAUCGGUACGAUGUUUCGAUAGAUAAUAUAUAUUAUUUUGACCGUGCAGUUGUAGUUCGAGUAAACACACACUCCUUGCGUUCUUUCGAUUCCAGUGCUAAAGUGCUUCGCAUGUAAUCAACAUCAUGUCAUCUAAUAAGAGAGAUUCGCUAGGAAACAUUCGUUUUUCGUUAAUAAGACGCGCGCGUUGUGAUGGCUCUGCGAUGAAAAUUCUAAAGAAAAGUAGAAAAAAAUGAAAAAAAAAAAAA